AUGAAUAUUAAGAGUCCCAGAAACAAGUAUAUGCAACACAUCCGGAUUUGCCCUGAGACAUCUAUGUUUCGCACUCGUUUCCUAUUUGUUCCCAUCUUCUAUCUAUCUAUCUAUCUAUCUAUCCCAGUAUGUUUCUAUCUAUCUAUCUAUCUAUCUAUCUAUCUAUCUAUCUAUCCCAUAUAUAUAUAUAUAUAUGUGUGUGUGUGUUUCCCAUCUAUCUAUCUAUCUAUCUAUCUAUCUAUCUAUCUAUCUAUCUAUCUAUCCCAGUGUCUCUCUCUCUCUCUCUCUCUCUCUCUCUCUCUCACACACACACACACACACACUCUCUGUAUGUCUCUCACUCACUGCCUCUCUCUCAUUCUCUCUCACUCUCUCUCUCACUCACUCUCUCAGACUCUCACUCUCUCUCACUCACUCAUUCUCUCACUCACUCUCUCAGACUCUCACUCUCUUUCACUCACUCACUCUCUCACUCACACAUUCUCUCCCUCUCACUCUCAAUCUCUCUCACUCACUCACUUUCUCACUCUCUCUCACUCCCACUCACUCCCUCUCCCUGUCACUCCUCUCCCUGUCACUCUCUCAUUCUCUGUCACUCACACUUUCUCCCCCUCUCAAUCUCUCUCUCACUCUCAAUCUCUCUCACUGUCUCUCACUCUCAAUCUCUCUCACUCGCUCUCUCACUCCCUCUCACUCUCACUCUCUCUCACUCUCACCCUCAUUCUCUUUCACUCUCUCUCUCACUCCUCUCCCUCUCACUCUCUCACUCUCUGUCACUCACACUUUCUCUCCCUCUCCCUCUCACUCACUCUCAAUCUCUCACUCUCUCUCACUCUCAAUCUCUCUCACUCUCAAUCUCUCACACUCUCACUCUCUCUUACUCUCACUCUCACACUCUAG